GACCUCUGCGGGGCCUGCGCGGACGCAGCGAGAACCCUGAAAUUCAUUAUGCGUUUAAAACCUUUAUUUAUUUCCGCAUAACCUACAUACUCUCACCGGGAGGGCCAAAGCGGGGAAAAGAAACGACGACGGUCCAUCUCUUUCGGAAAAUACAUCGUUUACAACUAUAUAUUUUGCGUAAGGGGGAUACUGUUGAGAAGGGGAAGAUUGUAAUAUAUAUUAAGAAAAAUGUCCGGUGAGAGAAACCGCAGGUCGCUGGCUUUCCGAGGAGGUGGAUUAGCUGGGUUAACGGCGUCCAGCGGUAUCGGUGGGGGGAACUGUAACAGCUGGGAGGCCCCGACCUGUCAAGACCGACAUUUUAACGGGAACGGGCCGGAUCAAGAGGAGGACAGGGAUCUCGGGGCUAAAGAAUCGUCGCAGAAGAGAGCGGAGGGCGCUGGGUCUGUCAGCGAUAGCACGGAACCCGAGGCGGAGGAGGAAGAGGACCCGGAAGAGGGCAGCUGGGCAGCCGGGGACGACCGUGUCGGCUCCGUGAAAGCGGAGGACGGGUCCAGGGAGGGGAACAGCUCGACAGAGGCGAACGGUGCCGGUGACAACGACGAAGGCACGGAGUCGGGAAGCGGUGCGACCGGGGGCGAGCCGGGCUCCAGGAAAUCAGCAGUAGAGAUGAGACCGCAGAAGUUGCUUCAGAAACACUCGGUAUUCCAUGCGUCGUGGUUGCAAGAAUUUCCAUGGCUAAAAUUUUGCCAGGAGACUGGAGUCAUGUCUUGCGCUUGGUGUCACAACAUUGCCACUAAAAACAGCGACGAGCUUGUGAAAGGCAGUCGCAACUACAAGAGGGCCUUGCUGCUGAGACAUCACCUGUCUUCUGAGCACGGCAGGAAUGACCCCACCAAACAGGAGACAAUGAGGCCCUCGGACAACGGCAGCCCCUCCAAUCACUGCUCAGAGGACGACUACCGCCUCAAGCCCGACGAGAACUCCUACUGUUACCAGCUGCUCCAGGAGCUGGACAAGCAACGCAAAAAUGGCAUCCUCUGCGACGUAAACAUAAACGUCUCGGGCCAGGUGUUCCGCGCACACAAGAACAUCCUGGUUGCGGGCAGCCGCUACUUCAAAACCCUCUACUGUCUGACCAAGAGCGAGGCCCAGGACCAGGCCUCGACCACGCACCUGGAUGUUGCUGCCGUGCAGGGCUUCUCAGUCAUCCUCGACUUUCUCUACUCUGGGAAUCUGCUGCUCACAAGCCAAAAUGCCAUUGAGGUGAUGUCUGUCGCCAGUUACCUCCAGAUGACAGAGGUCGUACAUUCAUGCAGGGCUUUUAUAAAGGAUGCCCUGAAUAUCAGCAUCAAGCAGGAGGCUCCUGAUUCAGUGGUGGUGGACUACAACAAGAGGCAGACGGUGUCCAAAGACGGACAGAGAAGCCUGGACCGCAAGCCAAGCAACUUCUGGGCCACAAGCAUCCUGUCAAAGCUGUCGAUCAAGGCCAGCAACAAUCAAGGAAAGGAAUCAAUGGAAGACGAAGACACAGGUGGCAGGGUAAAGGAGGAGUCCAGUGACAUAGAGGUGACCGUGGUUGGGAGUGAGGGCUGUGCCCUGGUGACCCCCGGAGCCUCUGGUAACUGGAGCCACCACAACGACAACUCGUCUGAUUCAGGAGAGACCAAUGACCCACGGUCGGCCAGAGGACAGGUCUUCAUCUGGAACGAGCCGGUCACAGGUGGCGCUGCAGGAGCCUCCGCAUCAAUCAAACAAGAAGCCCCGGAUUCAGCGGCAGGAAGCGGGCGGAGGAAAAAACAGACCACCACACGCCGUUUUGUGUACAACUUUCCUCCAGAGCCUGAAGAGGGAUUUGAAGAGGGGAUGUUCCUCCAGCCCUCUGCCUCCUUCCCGAGAGAGGACUUCUCCUCCCUCUCCGAGAAUGCAGAGCUGGCCAAUCAGAUCCAGUAUAGCAUCAUCCAGGACUUACAGCAAGGGGAGUCCUGGGAGAAUGGCGAGUCCUCACACCUAGCCCUCAAUAAGCUCAAGUGCCCCCACUGUAACUACAUCGCCAAGCACCGGCGCACGCUGAAGAGACACCUGAUCAUCCACUCUGGCGUGCGCUCCUUCAGCUGUGACAUCUGCGGCAAGCUGUUCACCCGCCGCGAGCACGUCAAGAGACAUUCCCUGGUGCACAAGAAGGACAAAAAGUACAAGUGCAUGGUGUGUAAGAAAAUCUUCAUGCUGGCGGCGAGCGUCGGGAUCCGUCACGGAUCACGGCGCUACGGCGUCUGUGCAGACUGCGCAGACUCGCACCAGGCCACGCAGGAGGGCAUGGAGGGCAUGGAGUUCCCCCGUGAUGAAGACUUCGAGGGCGAGGAAGGAGAGGACCUGGAUGGGGAGGAGCCCACCGACAACGACCAAUCAAAUUGGGGUGAGGGCAACGCUGGCACUGCCCCGGAAGAGGACUAAGAAUUUAAACAAGCUUGAGAAACAAAACUAAAAAUAAGUUGAUGUUUAUAAUAUAUAUGUAAACUAGCUGGUAAACAAUCAACUCCAAAGUGCUAUCAAACCUUGAGGUUACUUAAUUGUGCAAGUAUACGACAAAAAGAUGGAUUUAAAAAAAAUGAAAAGCUUUCGUAGAGUGGGAACUCCAAGAUGUACAGAUUUUAUUAUUGUUAAAUUGUGUCCAACUCUGGGCCGAGAGCCCACAGGAGAAAGAUUCUAUCGACGAAUAAUAUGAUAAAUCAGGUUUUUGGUGAUGUAUUUCUAUUUCCUGUUUUGGGUUGGGGAGACUUGGGCAGGGUAAUGAUGUAGUUUUGAGAUGGGGUAGGCCAAUCAUUUAAAAAAGCGAAAUGUUAAUUAUUUAAUUUAUGAAGAGAGGUUAUAAUGGUCUUAUCAAUAAUUUUUUAUUUCUGUUUUUGUCUGCGAGCAGAGAGAGUGGCUGUGGCUCUCUGCACAAUCUGAAAGUAUAUCGCUCGGUGCUUGUAGACAGAAGAAGAGCAUUAUUGUCCACAGGAAGAUGUUUAACUUGCUCUGUAGAUCUUGUUUAGAUGCGCUAAAUAUUAUUAUAUUCUUUACAUUUUUUAUUUUCUUUCCCUGCAAAAAUCUUGGAACCAAAAAAUCUGUUUUGUGACUCUAAUGUAUUACAGCCAUAUUUAUAAUUAAUUUAAGAGGGCUGUGGUAUUGUGCCAAACAGACCGCACACCAAGAUUUAGCAGGACGCAAAAACUACUGAAUACGCUUAA